AGUCCCUCGACCAUUCGCUCAGUGUCCAUCAUAAACACCUCUUCCUUCCAGUCUGAUACUCAGCUUCAAGGAGACGAAUACGGGGUAUAUUGCGCCAGAUGGGUGUCUCCAAAGGAAUGCAAAUAUCCGAUUUCCUGGCUCUCAAUCACCGCAGUAAAACUCAUGUGUUCGUCAAUGUCCUCCCCUCUGAUUCCCCAACAAAAUAACCGAGACUUUCAACAUUAACGAAAGUCUCUGUUCUCAUGUACGUCAAAAUGUAUCAUAAUCUCGAAGAACUUCUUUCCCUGCAUCUUCGCGCUGAGCGUGCCCUGGUCCUCGCUCGAACACAAGAGAUAGAGAGCUUGCAUCAUACACACGAUGCGGAAGAAGAAUCUAAGGUUUAUGAUCAGGAUCCUCGUUCUCUCGUCAGAGCUGUUCACGGUGAACCAGAAUUCUGGGAAGUCUACCCUCGCAUCUAAGAUGCCGUACACUGCGUUGGCUAUAUGAUACAUCAAAUAUUCACCUAGAACCAACCGG